CAAAGUAGUAUAUGUUGAAAUGGGACUUGUGGUCACACUGGUCAGCUGUCAUACCUAAAAGGGAACGCGAGAGCAAAGCAAAAGCGACUUUCGUCAAAAUUACAAAUUAUUUUUAAUAAUGGCGAGUUAUAUUGCUAGAAAGGGACCUUUGGUAUUCUCCAACCUCGGCAAGUGGGCCUACAAUCUGUCUGGAUUCAACCAAUACGGUCUGCACCGCGAUGAUUGUCUCUAUGAGAACGAAGAUGUGACGGAAGCCAUCCGACGUCUGCCACGCAAAUUGUACGAUGAGCGCAACUACCGCAUUAUGCGUGCUCUGCAUUUGUCGAUGACCAAGACGAUUCUGCCCAAGGAGCAGUGGACAAAGUACGAGGACGAUGUCAAGUACUUGGAACCUUAUCUCAAUGAGGUUGUCGCUGAGCGCGAGGAACGUGAGGACUGGAAUAAGAACCAUUAAAUACCAAUAACAACAAUAACAAUAUUGCCUCACUGUGACUCUGAAUGGGAGAUUGUAAAAUGUUGAAAAUACAUAGCUUAGAUUCAAAUUAAACAUUUGUGCUAUGGUCUAAA